AUGGAUGUUACCAGCACUAUGAAUACCCCGGAGUCAUCAUCACAUGAUCCGUCUACGGCGUCCUCCACCGACCAUCAAACACAGAAAUCUUUUUCGUGUGUCCUGUGCGCUCAACGGAAAGUCAAGUGCGAUAGAAAGCCUGGCGGAUGCAAUAAUUGCACCAAGGCACGCGUGCCAUGCAUCUAUAAAGCACCUCCUCCCCCAAGGAGGAGGCGAAAGGGAGUCCGCGACGUGGAUACUACUACCCAGCUUCGGAUAUACGAAGACGCUCUGCGAAAUGCUGGGAUCGACCCAGUGAGCCUCUUGAAGCAAAUGUCCUCAUUAGAAGACGACCACGUCGGUCACUCCAGAGCUAGGACUCAGACCAGGACUCAGCCAACGGUCACUUCAAAUGAGGAACGCACCGCCACUGAUGUUGGCGUUCUUUUGGUGGAUCAUGGCAAAACAAGAUACCUGGAAAAUGGUAUAUGGACAAGCUUGAGAAGCGAAUUCCGCGACCUAAAGGAGAUAUUAGACGAGACCUCAGACGACGAAUCAUCCGAUGGCAACAAUGGCAUCUGUCAAAGGAUCGGCCAACGCAUCGGCUUACAUCGCGAUGGCGAUAAGCUCAAGCUACCGCCCUUCGAGGCUGAAAUACGCAGGCGACUGUGGUGGCAAAUCAUCAUGUUAGAGGGCUUCUCGCAGAAGCUUGCUGGUACAGGCACAGGGGCAAAUGCCUCCAUCCUUAUGGGCGACACCAAGCUCCCGGCCAAUUUGAAUGACAGCGACCUUUUUACAGGGAUGAAAGAACUGCCCAAGGAGUCUGAUAGGGCUACUGAGAUGAUGUUCUUCCUGAUUCGGUGCCAUGUUGGCAACUUUUUUAAGCGCUUUGAAGCUCCCCAGCCUACUGUCGAUGUGAGCACAAAAGAGAGAGCUAUAGGAGAGCUGGAACAGCUUUUUGAGCAAAAGUUCCUACGGCACUGCGAUUCCUCGAUCGUGUGGCACCUGAUGUGCUCCCAUCUCGCUAAAUCUAUCAUCUUCAUGAUGCGUUUCAUGGCUUAUGGUGCAAUCUAUCAGGGGCAAAAGGGGACCCAAGAACAAAGAGACACUCUCUUCACAUUGUCUUUGCAAGUCUGCUCGUCUCAGAUCUUGGCAUACACCAUGAAAGAGAUGCAAGGUUAUGUGUGGCACGUAAACGUGCACUUUCAGUGGAAGGCUGUUGUUUUCUUGAUAUCGGAGCUCCGCUAUCGUACGUCUGGGCCAGAGGUCGAGCAAGCUUGGAGGAACAUACGGCUCACCUACGAAUUUCACCCAACGUUCGAAACUGAGCCGAAGCGCGCGCUGCCAAUCGCAGUCAAUCACUUGACGUUGACGGCUUGGGAGGCAUACAUCGCCGCCAAUGGCAUGCCAGAUGGCGGUGAGCCAUACUUCAUCCAGCUUAUCCGUAACCGUCAGGCUCGCUCGAAAAAGCCAAAUGUCCCCGCCGAACAGCAAAAUGCGUCCGUAGUCGACUACACGACUACGUUUACACCGAUGCCCGCUCAGGAGCUCGCCACAGAUAAUGGUGGCACUGAUCAUCUAGCGGCUUUCCCAUGGAAUCCAGCGGAUCUGAACGCCAGCCUGGGUUUGCCGCCUGUGAUGCCGGAUCUGGCGCCACUCGAAUAUCCAGAACAGAUGAAUUGGUCAACAUGGAACGACCUGCUUGUCAACUUCCAAACAACCAACGCCGACGACCAUUUGCCAGACAUGUCGACAUUCAACUUCGAGAUUUCCUUGACCUCGGGCGCAUACUCAGAUAUGACUAUAACGUGCGGUCAGGAUACCUACAAGGUCCACAAAGUCAUCGUAUGUUGUCGGGCGGGUUUCUUCGCGCGUGCAAUCAAGUUCGGUGGCCAGGAGACGCAGACAGGAACGAUCGAUCUUCCAGACGAUGAUGUUGAGGCAGUUAAAUGUCUCAUUCACUACCUGUAUGAAGGCGAAUACAGCCCGGCUUUACCUGCAGAUAGUACGAGCGGCGCACUCCAUGCUCCUCUGUCGCCUCGCCCGAAGAACUCUCCCGACGGCCGUGUCUACCAGUACGAUUUUCCCCACACUUGUAGUUCGUACAGCAUUUACUGUGUUACGUGUCACGUUUGUCCCCAUCACACAUGCAGGGAUGGAUGUGGUGGAUGUGGUUUGAAAUGUGUUACUUUUACCUGCAGGGAAUGCACCGCCCCACCUCUUCCCCAGCUCAACGGCACUGCAGAACAGCUCCUUCUCCACGCGAAGAUGUACGAGAUGGGCGACAAAUACGACGUCGUGGGCCUCAAAGACCUCGCAAAGGAGAAGUUUGGUCGCGCCUGCAAGCACUUCUGGAGCACUCCAAACUUUGCAGCAGCUGCACACCACGCCUUCUCCACAACAGUCGAGGACGACAAAGGACUGAGGGACAUUGUCAGUGCGACGAUCUGUGAGCACAUUGAGCUGGUGAACGAUCCUGGCGUCAGCGUGCUGUUGACACAGUUCAGUGGUCUCGCGUUGGGCAUCUUGCAGGCGAAGGUUAAGGAGAACGGUUGGGACAGGGAGAAUGGUUGUGACGAGGAGGUCUGAGUUCCUCUGCAAGCCGAGAAGUAUACCCGCUACUCAUGGCCGUUUGACGGGACUGGUGAUACAUGCAGAUGAGUUCUUUACCCUGCAAGCUGCGAUUCUGGCUGGCAUUCUACAGACAUGCCAUGCUCACGAGAAAGCUCACAACCAUGUGAUUAGCAGCAACACUACAAAAUCAUAUUCAUGCGUCCA